CUUGCUCUGACAAAAGCACUGACCCUUCUCCCACCGUCGCAAGAGUCAAGAACACUCUCCCUCCAUAGCCUUCGAAACCAACAAGGCGCACGCCGGAGUCUCCUCAUGGCCGACGAGAAAGAAGCCGACUCGCUGCAGCCGCCGUCCAAGCAGCCCCGCCUCUCCUCCGCCGACUCGAACGCCGGGGCGGUGACGAUGGCGGUCUCGUCGCCGCUGGGUCUUGGCCUCGGCCUGGGGCUCGGUGGCGAUAGCCGUGGCGAGCAGCAGGCCUUCGAAGCACGGGCGGCGGCGAAGUCGGCGCUGACGUUCAUGCAGCAGCAGGAGCUGGAGCACCAGGUGCUCAUCUACCGCUACUUCGCGGCGGGGGCGCCCGUGCCGGUGCACCUCGUGCUGCCCAUCUGGAAGAGCGUCGCCGCCUCCUCCUUCGGCCCGCACCGCUUCCCCUCCCUGAUUGGGCUGGGGAGCCUGUGCUUCGACUACCGGAGCAGCAUGGAGCCGGAGCCCGGGCGGUGCCGCCGCACGGACGGCAAGAAGUGGCGGUGCUCCCGCGACGUGGUGCAGGGGCACAAGUACUGCGAGCGGCACGUCCACCGGGGCCGCGGCCGUUCAAGAAAGCCUGUGGAAGGAGCCCCCUCAGCCCGGGCGCACAGCGACAGCACCGCCACCGCCCCGCCCUGCGCCAUCGGCUUCUCCCCCGCCGGCAUCCUCCACGCCACCCACAGCGCCGCCGCGCGCGCCACCUGAGGCCGAGGGCGGCCUCGUCCCGUCCCCGCCGCGUCCGUCCGUCCGUCAUGGCGCGUUGGCGUGGGGCAAGAUCGUGCAGAAACGAAAUCCGCAGGGAUUUUGUCGCGUCGUGUAGCUUUUUCUUGGGCGGCUUUUCAAACUAUAAACCUGCUGAGUUCGAUGGCACGCGUCCCUGCUGGUUGCUGUGCGUGCGCCUGUGACAUAUGGUAGGAGUAGUAUGUGUGAAAGGCAGGCGAUUAUUUUUCCUUUUCUCGUCGGGUUGGGUUGUGGGGGUCAUGCCGCGGUGGCGGGGUGGCCGGGGGGAGUGGUUUCUUCUGGGGCUCCGCUCGGGGACAGUCCGCAGGGCUGUAGCUUUGCAUGCACUGACCUGUGUCAGAAGACGGUGGCUCGGGCAGAGUGAGGCAUUGGAUGCUGCACGCUGGCCUUGGCGUCGCGCAGUGGCCCCGCGGCCCGACGCAGAGUGCCGCGCCGCACGGUCUUUGCUCCCUUUGCCGCAUGGGAACGGCCAUUGGUGAAUCCCUGAUUUGUACUGGCCUUCGGAUGACGGGAUAAGAACCGGGACAUCCAGCAUUUGGCACGGCAGGAUCUCAUGUUCUUUUCGCAUUCAAGGCAUCUCCAACGGGUUACCUGCAUUACCGUUAAUAACCAGCCCUGCUUGGUGCAAA